AGCUGUAGUUUAUAGGAAAACAUUGAUUUCUAAGCAAAGACCUUUAACUCCACAAGGACUUCCAAAACAUGCCUUGCGGCAUCACCCACUGCCAGAACCACGAGCUGAGCUGUGCCCAGCCACGCCCACGGCAGAAAAUUAUGGCGAGAGCUCAAGAGAGUCUGAAAUCUGGAAGGACUCAGAUUACCCUUCUGUUACUCCAGCUGAUGAUGGGAAUUCUGCUAGUCAGAGUUACACUGACACCUCCACUGAAGACAGCUCAGUCUUCUCUUGGGGCUAUGAUGAAUUUGAUAAAGCUGCCACACAACAAGUUCAGCAAAUGUUCAGACAAAUUGAUGAGCUCCUCUAUGAGCAGAAAGAAAAUGUGCAUGUUGAGGGACUGCGGGAAGAAUGCCACCAGUGGACAUCCAACUUUCCUCAUCUCAGGGUUGUGGGGAAGCAGAUAGUGAUCCCCACAGAUGAAGGGUAUGGAUGGUAUUCAAGUUCACCUUCUGUCAGUUUAGCUUCCUCAGCUGUAAGUUCUUCAAGAGAAAAAGAUUCUAAUGAAUUUAGUGUUUUUGGCAAGAAGGUACCUCUUUCUGUUACUCCCAUUCACAAGAAGACUGACCAUUCCAAGUCUCCGACCUCAUGUUCUCCAGAAAGCGAAGAAGGUGAAGAUGGAGUCAUUGUCUCUGAAGGCGUAAUGGAGGAAUAUUUAGCAUUUGACCGCAGAGAUGUGGAGGAGGAUUUACAUGAGAGGAAAAUGGGACUGUCCUCUGGUAGACGGAAAUUAGGGUUUCCUCCUGUCUCUCCAUAUUCCUGCAUGAAGGAUUCUGUGCUCGCAUUUCUGUUUGAUGAUGUGUGGAGUGAAGUCCUAGGCUGCAUGGAGGAAUUAAUCUGCAGACACUGGGAAGGGUCAGCCUCUGAUGAUGAGAAAAAUGUCAUAACGGUAGAAACAAUCAGAGCAGAUGCUGGAGGCCCUUUGCAGUUUGAUCCUCUGCCAGCAUUGUUACCUCGUGUGCCACAAACAUCAAAUCUGGUAAGUAUUUUUAGCCAGCUGUGCCCAAAACCCAGAUGUGGCCGCAAAAGCAAAAAGAGGAGAAAAACACCUCAAGUAAAUCUCUCUCAAGGAUCAAGUAGUGGCUCUCAACGUACUCUAAAUGGCUUGAUGGUGGUACAUGGGAUCCAGUUACAGCAGAGGAAUCUGCCUGCAAUGGAGAAAACACUGGACCUGGAUGACAGACGGCCAGGCUCCAAUUCCAUCCUCUCUACCAGAACGUGGCCAAAUCGUCCUCUAGAGCUCAGCGUAUCAUCCCUGUCACGUUCCACAAGAAGGCAAAACCCACCACCACGUACCCUGCAUCCCAUCAAUGCAAGCCACUCUCAUACUGGGACCCCAGAGUCUCUGGAUGAUGUCUUCAGGGGAACUCAAUUUCCAACUGCACAUGAACAGCUGACCUCACCCUCCCCACUGCUACUAAACCGAAAUAAUCUCCUACCACCUAUCACUACCACCAAUGUAGCAGAGCGUGUGAGCACUGCAGGAUCCCAGAGGCAAACGAAAUCUCAAGGGAACUCAAGUCGAGCUCACAGUGUAACAACCCAAGACACCCACCAGCAGCUACAGGAGCGGCUUAUCUUACCUGAUCAUUUCUCCAGGCCUAACACAACCAUCUCGUUCUUGCCGGAUCCACAGCACCGCCGUUCUUGCACUGUUAUUGAUUAUAGUAAUCAAUCUUGGACAAGCAGAGGAUCAACAGGUUCAGGUCUUAAGCUGCACAGUUCCGUGAAAGCCCACAGUCGAAGUGGAUCAGUCACAAAAAGCAAACAGGGGUUCUGA